CAAUAUUUCCGGCCAGCGCCAUUUUCUUUUUGAUCGACAUCUGCCGCGUCCUGUAGAUCCACCGUAUUAAAGUCAUGGGUGAUGAUGAUGGCUGUGUGGUACGACUGAGAGGUCUCCCUUGGUCAGCAACAGCACAGGAAGUCCUUAAAUUCUUUGGAGAUGAUGUGGCUGUUGUUGGAGGCGAGAAUGGAGUUAAUUUCACCUUCUCUAGGGAAGGUAGACCAAGUGGAGAGGCCUUUGUGCAAAUGGUUGAUGAAGCAAACGUACAGAAAUCACUGGAAAAACACAAUCAGCAUAUGGGAAAUCGAUAUAUUGAAGUAUUUAGAUCUAAAACAAGCGAGAUGGAUUGGGUAAUAAAAAGAGCAGGACAGGGACAAAUGUCUGGAUCAAAUGAGGCUGUUGUCCGACUCAGAGGACUACCUUUUGGUUGCUCUAAAGAAGAAAUUGCACAAUUUUUCACAGGGUUGGAGAUUGUACCAAAUGGGAUAAUGCUACCUGAGGAUCAACAGGGGAGAAGCACGGGGGAGGCCUAUGUCCAGUUUGCCGAACCAGACAUAGCGGAAAGGGCUUUGCUCAAACACAAGGAACGAUUGGGGCACAGAUACAUAGAAAUAUUCAAAAGCAGCAUGCAGGAGGCUUGUCAAGCAGUUGGACAGCCAAGAAUGAUACGUCCUUUGAUGAACUCUGGAAUGCAGCAAAGACGCGGACCCUAUGACCGUAAUAACCGUGGCUUCGGAAUGGGCGGCGGCGGUGGAGGCGGUGGAAUGGGAAUGGGAGGUGGCAUGGGAGGUUAUGGAAUGGGACGAGGAGGUCGUAAUGUCAAAGGAUUCUUUGAAGAUGACUUUGAUGACUACAGUGGUGGUUAUGGUAUGAGACAAGGAUUUGGAGGUAUGGGUAACAGGAGAGGAGGAGGCGGUGGAGGUGGCGGAGGAAUGGGUGGUAUGAGACAGCAACCUCAGAGAGGUGGACGCAUGGGAGGAGGGAUGCAACAAUUACCAAUGAGCAACAGGUCAAGAGGAACAACACCUGGAAGCUCAUAUGCCAGCAAAUCUGGUCAUUCUGUACACAUGCGGGGCCUGCCAUUCCAAGCUCUUGAAAAUGAUAUUGCAGAAUUUUUUAAACCAUUGAACCCGAUUUCCAUAGAGUUUGAGUUUUCUGCCAAUGGUCGACCAACUGGAGAAGCCAAUGUGGAUUUUGCUAAUCAUCAAGAAGCUGUUGAUGCUAUGAAGAACCACAAGAAAAAUAUGCAUCACAGAUACAUUGAACUGUUCCUGAACUCUACACCAUCAGGCCGCACAAACUACGGAUCAGGAGGUGGUUUUGGUGGAGGCAUGAGCAACAACAACAACAUGGGUGGAGGAAACAUGGGAGGCGGAAAUAUGGGAGGAGGAAAUAUGGGAGGUGGAAACAUGGGAGGUGGAAACAUGGGAGGAGGAAAUAUGGGUGGCAACAUGGGAGGAGGAGGUGGAGGAGGAUAUGAUGGGGAUGGCUAUGGAGGUGGCUAUGAUGGAGGAAACAUGUCAAACAACUUCAUGGGAAAUGAUGGUGGCUAUGGAGGUGGCAACAUGGGAGGUGGAGGAAUGGGAAUGGGCAGUGGUAUGGGAGGGGGUAUGGGCAGUGGCAUGGGAGGAGGUGGAGGAGGAGGAGGAGGAGGAGGAGGAAUGAACAACAACCUGAUGGGAAAUCCCAACUACACAGCUUUCUAAAUGUUCUCUUUACAUUGACUCUUCAACUGAUCUAAGCUACCAGCACCAUCUUGCUGAUUGACAUUUGUGUUGUAAGAUCAGUAAUCUCAUUUAAGAAACAUCUUAUUUUUGUAUCAAGUUUGAUGUACUGAUGUAUUCUAAUGUUGUUGUCCAAUUCACAGUGGACUUGUCUUGUUAUUGUUUGUUUUACCACCACCAUCAUCAUGAAUUAAUCUCUCUUCAUAUUUGUCAUCGAUAACUGUGAAAUAAAUAUAUAUAACGUA